AUGUCCAUACAAUUAUUUUUCAAUGAUGUCUUCAGUAAUAUUCAAAUACCAUUUGAAAAAACUUCAAAAUAUUAUGAAGAUUCUAGGCAGCUUGUUGUUGAACCUAUAUUUUACACGAACUACAGUGAGGUUUUAUCUUUUUUUGAUUUAAUCGAACGUGGUUUAUUACCGCAACAAUAUUACAUCAGCCUAAAAGAAAUUUCGGUUCAAAAUGAGAUUCUUCAAGUUUUUAAAUUUUUAUAUUUUUCUAAAGAUUGGGAAACAUUUUACAAAAAUACACUAUGGGCUCGUGAACAUGUAAACGAGCAAAUUUUCGUUUAUGCUUUAAAAUCAGUUAUACAACAAAGGCAUGAAUUUAGUAACAUUGAAAUUCCAUCGCAGGAUGACAUAUUCCCGUUCUACUUUUACACUAACAAUAUUUCUGGAACUUUUUCAGAAGAGAAAAUAUGGAACGAUUUUAAAAUUAAUUACUUACUAGAGGAUGUUGAAUUGAAUUUAUACAAUUUCAAUAUGAAUUUACACUUUUUUGGUAUUACAUCUAAUUUUAACGAAAAAAGUUGUAAGAAAAAUUUAAAUAACCUUUUCUUUUACUGGCUUCAACAAUGUUUAGCUAGAUAUAACCUAGAAUACUUAUCUGAAUUGGAAGAGGACAUUGCAGAUUAUGAAAGCGUUUUUCUCAAUGACUUAACGAAUAGACAGUUAAAGAAGAUUUACUUUGAAAAUUUGAACUUGAUAGCGAAUAACAAUACACUAUUACAUGAGUUCAUAAAUUUUUUACGCCAUUUCCAUAUUAAUAGCAAACAGUUGGUGCUACAUGAAGGUAAAAUUAAAAUAGUUCCACAUUUAUUAGAACAAACCGAGACCCAAAUGAGGGAUCCGUUAUUUUAUCAAAUUUCUAAAUUACUUUUGAAUAUUUACUUCAUGUUGAAACCUUCAGAGUUUUAUAACAAGGAAGAUUUGAGUUUUCCAGGUGUAAAACUAAAAAUUAAAGUAUCAGAACUAAAAACAUUCAUGGAAACUGUUCACAAAAAAAUCAAAACUGUUGAUUUUAGAAAUGAUUUCAAUUAUAGUAGUGUCCCCGAAUUUCUUACUUUUUAUUUUAAAAGAUUAAAUAACGAACCAUUUGAAGUUAUUUAUCAAAUAAACUCUGAAUUGUUAUUUAAUACUCGAGUUUAUAUUCAACUCUUUGUAGCACCCAUAGCUAAUUGCAAAAGAAAAACUUCCAAUUUAUUUGAUAAACAAGCAAAUUUUUUUAAAAUUGAUCAGUUUUUGUACAACUUACAACCGGGCAAGACAUAUUUCACACGAAACUCUCAAAACUUUUUUGCAGCCGUUGAUAAUUAUACAAAAGAGGAUAACUUUAACUACAAAUCAUACGAAACAUCACGUAAUUAUUGGUUCCCUAAAAGACUAAAUCUGCCUAAAAGCAACACCCGAGGUAUCCAGUUUUUGGCAAUUAUUAGCGAAGUAACAUCUAAAUAUGGAGAAAUACUUAAUGAGGAGUCAAAAAAUGAAGAUUAUUGUGAGAGUACUUUAUUUUACAAAUUAGACGGUAGAAAUAUAGGUUUCCCAUUCGAUCGCUAUAUUAUGCAUGACGCUUUCGAUGUUUCAAAUAUAGCCACAACAAUUAGUUUAGUUAACCAUAUAACAAAGUAA